AUGUCAUGGAACGGGAGCACGACUUUGGCCUGGGAGCCAGUCAGCGGGCUCGCGUGGAGGCACAGGCAGGGGUGGGACGGGGAGCUCCGCUUCGGGCGGCAGGGUCGGGAAGGGGCGGCAGCCGCCACGGCCGGUCGCGAAGGUGGCAAGAGGAAGCCCCUGAAGCAGCCCAAGAAGUAGGCCAAGGAGAUGGAUGAGGAAGAUAAGGCAUUCAAGCAGAAACAGAAGGAGGACCAGAAGAUGGAGGAGCUGAAAGCAAAGGCGGCGGGGAAGGGCCCGGUGGCCACAGGUGGAAUUAGGAAAUCUGGGAAAAAGUAAGUCGUUCCU